AACUCGGACGAACAGAAGAUGGAAUAUACUUACCUCGGCAAGUCUGGCUUGAAGGUCAGCAAAAUCAUCCUCGGAUGUAUGGGUUUUGGAAGCUCCAAGUGGCAGGACUGGGUUCUCGACGAGAAGGAAGCUCUGCCUCUGCUCAAGUACGCCUACGACAAGGGUAUCACGACAUGGGAUACUGCAAACACUUACUCCAACGGCGAGUCAGAGCGUAUUAUCGGUAAGGCGAUCAAGCAAUACAACCUUCCUCGCGACUCCCUCGUCAUCAUGACAAAGUGCUUCUUCCCUGUCUCAAAAGAAGACGUCUCGCAGAAUGUCAUGUCUGGCGGUGUCGACCCCGAUCAACUUGGUCUCAUCAACCAGUACGGCCUCAGCCGCAAAGCCAUCUUCGCCGCCGUCGACGCCAGCCUAAAGCGCAUGGGCACCGACUACAUCGAUCUCCUGCAGAUCCACCGACGUGAUCCUAACACACCCAUUGAGGAGACCAUGGAGGCUUUGCACGACCUGGUCAAGUCAGGGAAGGUCCACUACAUCGGUGCUUCGUCCAUGUACGCAUGGGAAUUCUUGCAGAUGCAGCAGGUUGCCGAGAAGAAUGGAUGGACCAGGUUUGUGUCGAUGCAGAACUUCUACAACCUCCUUUACAGAGAGGAAGAGCGCGAGAUGAUCCCGAUGUGCAAGGCCACUGGCGUAGGUGUAGUCAACUGGUCACCCAUCGCCCGUGGCUUCCUCGCUCGUCCUCCAUCUGCAACAACUACCCGAACUGAGACGGACCCUACCAUGCAAAUACUCGUCGAUCCGGAGACCAAGAAGUUACGCAACUCAGACGCCGAAACUGUACGCCGCGUUCAGGAGCUGGCUGAGAAGAAGGACGUUUCCAUGGCACAAAUCGCCACGGCUUGGAACCUGUCCAAGCAGGGUGUCACCGCACCAAUUGUUGGAGUCAAGAAGGAGAGCCAGAUUGAUGAUGCGCUUGGUGCCUUGAGCGUCAAGCUUAGCGAAGAAGACAAAGCAUAUCUUGAAGAGUGCUACCAGCCGAAGAACGUCGUCGGUCACAAAUAAAAGCUAGACGUAUACGAUAGGAGAUGCAACGGUACGAUGGAGUUAGAAUGACAAACGCAGCCUCAAUCCACGAGCUCCACUGUGC